AUGUCGAAGGAGUCGCUCGAUGCCCUCACAGCAAUGCCAGCGUUCCACGACGAGCCAUGCCCCCUUGAUCUGCGGAACGUGGAAAUCGGCUCCAACGAGGACGAGCAAGGCCUUGAUCAGUUUAUUGCCAUGCAGGACAUUGGGGCUGUCCGGCUGAAGGACAUUCCUGACUCUGUGCACCUCAUAAGCAUCACGCCUAAAUGCCUGGAGGGUAGGACGUUUGUAAUGAAGGCCAAAAGUGCUGGGCUGGACGACAACUGA